AUGGGUCAAUCGUCAACACCAAGCCCGGCCUUGGGAAACGCAUUUGACCUCGACACCGAUAUCGUAUUUGCCCACACGCAUGUUCGCAUCGCCUGUAUUCCACUCAUGUGUGACUCCAAAGCCGUUCGCCAGUGGCUUCUGAGCAUCCCCGAAGCCUCCAAAACACCCUGCGACGCCCAUCCACCGAUACCUUCCAGCAAGCGCAAGAGGCGCAACAGUCAAGCCCUCACCCCUCCAAACUCCGACCACAACGACAUCUCCUCACACCCAGAAGCCACCAGUUCGAGUGUCGAAGUCGACCGGCAAGAUAUCGGGACGACGAUGGCAGACCAGGACAAUCCCUUCACCCCAACAAAGCGCCCGCGUCUCGUGCCCACAGAGUCCAACCCCGACGAAACCCCACGUGCUCCCGUGCGACCAGACGACUCCGUCUCUUGCGAUGGCAAUAAGUCAGUAGCCUCGUCAUCCCGACCCAGUCGCUCGAAGUCCCCGACAAAACAGUACGGCGCGGCCGAGAUCAGCCAGAACCCAAUCAAAUUCUUUCCACUAGCUUCCAUCCAGACAAUUCAGAACAUCGACGCCAGGCCUGGCCUUCGGGAGUUGCGAGAUGUCCACGACGUCGUCACCAGGUUCGCAAAAGGCAGAGAAAUCAUCCCUACGAGCGAUGAGGAAACAUCUCGGCCCGACAUCAUGGAGGCCAUCGAUCUCAUGCGGAACAAGUUGGGCGGCACCACCAUCAACCACACGCCCCACUUCCAACUUCGCAACAAGCCCAUCUCGUUGAGUAUCGAGUCUAAGCAGCGAGAUGCUAGCCUUGAUGAUGCGCAUCUACAAAUUGGGACAUGGCAUGCUGCGCAGUGGUUAUAUCUCGAUCGCCUUGCGCAAAUCAAUGGGGCCAGCCUGCAAGGUCUGCCCUUCUUGCCGGGUCUUAUUAUUCAAGCAGAGGACUGGCAUUUCGUGGCCUCCACGCGUGAAGGAAAAAGCACAAUCGUGUGGACCAAGAAAACCGUAGGCUCUACAGCUGAACCCGAUGGAGCGUACCAGGUAAUCCGUGUUAUCCAGUACCUUGCCUGGUGGACGGAGACGGUGUACUGGCCAUGGUUUCUUUCUACGAUACUUCAAAUACCGGCGGAGGGUACUGAGGACAACAACGCAGCCUCUACUUCGAAUCAGCUUGCACCUGAAGGAGUUGAAGAGGGGUCGGUCCCCUGA